AUGGACGUCUCCCAGCUCUGCCGCACUCUCCGCCUCGUCCUCGAGUCCGCACCCGACGCACCCACGCUCGAGGACCUCCUCAAGCAGGUCGACGGCUUCGUUCAAAGCGUGCAAGAGGUUCCGGACCGCGCGGCGAUCGUCGCAGCGCUCGAAGACGAGCUCCAGGCGAUCUACGACUAUGCCUCCCUCACACAGACGGAACCUUUCCUCGGUGUGCUGUACCACCUCCGCCCAGUACUACCUCCGUCUUCAUUAAUCUCUACAUGGUUCGAACCCACUCUGCGACCAGCGCUCCGAGAACCGAGGUUACCUACACCGUCCGUAGAAUAUGCGAAGGGACUCAUCAUCGCAGCACUCGACUUGGAUUCCUAUGUGAACGAGUCUGAGGAGGAGCGCGAGAAGCAGCAGGACAAGGUGAGCGGAUUCCGGCGGCGGCUGAUGGACCUGUACCUCCUGGACGCUUUGAACGAGAGCUCUGGAGAUGACGUCCUGGAAUGGGCAUCACUGGAUACGGAGCAGCGCGAGAAGAAGAGCUGCUGGAAGACAAAUCUGGAGGACGUGCUCAUCAGGGUGGGUCUUGAAAGGCCGGAGGAUUUCCUAACAGAGGUGUUCCACUGCUUCACGUCUCCGUCAUCCCGCUUGCAACUGCUCAUACUCCUCAAUGUAUAUACGUCCCAACCACAAUUUCUCGACGUCGCCUCUGUGCUUGCCUCCCACAGGCUCACGACCACCAUCUUACACUCCCUCCUCUUCGAUAACUCGUCAACGGUCGCGGUCGUCGCCCUGACAGUCCUCACGAAACUCCUCCCCAUCUUUGCAGUCAAAGCCACCGACAAACUGAAGCGCUACGUCCCGCUCCUUGUUCUCGUCCUCGCACGCGUCGUUUGCUGGCGCGAACGGCAGGAUCCCGCGCAGUCCGAGCCUCCUCUGGACUCGGAGGGCACCAGCGAGUCUGGAAACGUCAGCGACGUUGAGGAAGGCCUGCCGGAUGCUGCUUAUACUCUGCCGAUAAGUGAAGAUAUCAAUUGGGAGCGACUUGAGCAGACAUUCCUCGGCGGCGCGUCAUCCGCCCCAUCCGCCCACCGUUACUUCACUAUGCUGUAUUAUUUGUACCCGUGCAAUACCCUUCGGUUCCUGCGGUAUCCGAAACAGUAUAUGGCUGACUUCGGGUGCGAGAAUCCUUACGCUGUGGACUGGGAGGAAGUGCUGGACGAACCUCAAAUCAGAAGUAAGAGUGAACCCCUGAUGCGCGGGCACGUCCUUCACCCACACCUCAUCUGGCGGGGCCCAGCCGAAGAGCUCUCGCAACCCGACUUCUGGGCCGACUACGACACCGCGCGGAUCCUCGGCGAGUGCACGAUGCUCGACUCGCGCAACGCCGCACUCGGCAUGCAGCAGCGCGCGCCCGCCGUCAUCUCGCCCGACCCGCCCGUCCUCACCUCGUCUCCCGCACCCGCACCACCAUCGGCGGUGUCCUCCCCGACCGUUCGCAGCGAGGGCGCUUCCACCCCCGUGUCUAUCAGCACACCUAGCCGUCCACGCGUGUCCCUGCAGGACAUGAUCGCGACGUCCGUCGCGCUGAAGUCUGGGCUGGACGUAGAGAUUGUGCACCCGUCGGCGUCAUGGUCCACGGAGGUCUUCCCGCCCGUGCGGUCUCGCUCCCCGUCGCGUGAGGUCGUCGAGGGUGAGCAGGCGGAGACGACUCCAGAGAGCUCGAGUAUCGUGGGCGGGCAGGAGGUCCCGCGGCAUGUGCGGCAGGCGCUUGCGGGUCUGCAGAGGGAGGUGCUGUUGCUGAGGAACGAGCUGAACCUGGAGCUGUGGAGCUCGAGGGAGAACGUCAAGCAUAUUGGGAGGCUAUAUCAGGACAGAGUGUUCUCAAAGACGGGAGAGGUGGAACGGCAAGGCCUGCGCAACAAGUUGCGCGAGUACAAGGCGGAGGUCGAGCGUCUGCAGCGGGAGCUGAAGCAGCAUAAGGAGCAAUCGAACACGGUCAAGAACCAGCUGCUCGACUACAACAAGAAAACGCAGGAGAAGCUGAAGGACUUUAGAAUCGAGAAGGUUAACUGGGAGAAAGAGGCUGCCGCUAUGCGCGGAGCAGACAAAGAGGCGAAGGAAACGUUCGCUGCCCAAGGAAAACUGCUCCAGGAAGCACUCCAGAGGGUUUUCCAGCUCGAGACGAAAAUCAAGGAGAACGCGCCGAAAGUCGAACGCUUACACGACUACGAGAAGCAGAUCGCACAACUAAUCACACUUCAACGCCUAUGGGAACUGGACAUUCAGAAGCUCAAUGAUCAAACGGAGUACUUGCAGAUUGCCAACAGCAAGUACCGGAAAAUGCAGCUUAGACUCGACACCUACGAAAGGACACACGCUGACCUGACACAGAUUCUGGAGAAGCAGCGUAUACGCGAACGAUCACUCGAAGGCCAUCUGGCAGCCACGCAGAAGCAGCUGGAAGGCGCACGGAAAACAUCGAGUCUCGCCAGAAUGUCCACCGCAGGAGAAGAGAUUCAGCGACUCGCAACGAUGAAAGAGCGGUUACGAACGGAAAAUGAUGAUCUGCGUGACGAGGUUGAGGAGCUCAAAGCGAUGGUAGAGACGUUGAAGGCGAAGGUCAGCGGUAGGCAGGGGCUAGUGAGCAGCGGCCGUACGUCGCGGUCGGGCUCCGGGACACUGGGACCCACAGGCGAUGCGAGCGCGCUGGCGACGUGA